UAUAAAUAGUAGUGUUCAUAAUGUGUUCAAUCAAUUCUUAACACAGACCAAACACAAUAUAAUCAAGAUGAUGAAGCUCUUCCUCCUUUUUUCGCUUUUCGCCUUCUGUCAAGGUCAGAACACAUGGAGAGAAGACUAUCCAUUCAUCAAGAAUGCAAGCUCUGUAUCAAAAACUAAAGCGUAUGACUACAUAAUAAUCGGAGGCGGAACUGCAGGCUGCCCUUUGGCUGCAACUCUGUCGCAGAAAUUUAAUGUUUUGUUGCUGGAAAGAGGUGAUGUUCCGUUUGAUAACAAGAAUGCCACGCUCCUCAGAAAUUAUCACAUUGGUACUGCAGAUUCUUCGGCAACUUCAGCUGCGCAGUACUUUGUUAGUGAAGGUGUUUAUAAUAUUAGGCCUCGGGUUUUAGGUGGAGGGACUAGCAUCAAUGCUGGAUUCUACACCAGACCCAGUUUAAGGAGUCUUGCUGAGCUAGGAUUAGACCCGAAACUGGCCUAUGAAUCGUACCCGUGGGUCGAGAAACAGAUUGUUUAUAAGCCGGUUUUGAAUCCUUGGCAAACUGCUGUGAAGAAUGCUUUGGUGGAAGUUGGGGUAACUCCGGACAAUGGCUACACUUAUGAACACUUGUUUGGAACCAAAGUCAGUGGUAUUAUUUUCGACAAAGAUGGCAAUCGUCACACUGCUGCUGAACUACUUCGAUCCGCUAACAGCAAGAACCUUGAUGUUCUCAUCCAUGCAACUGUUCAGAAGAUUGUGUUUGAUCAAACAUCAGGCAAGCCAAGGGCUGUUGGAGUGAUAUUCAACGAUGAAAAUGGGAACCAACAUGAAGUGAAUUUGUCGAAGAAUGACAAGAGUGAAGUUAUAUUGUCAUCUGGUGCAAUUGGGAGUCCACAGCUGCUUUUACUGAGUGGGAUUGGACCAAAGGCUGAGCUUGAACAAAUGAACAUCACUGUGGUGCUUGACAAUCAAUUUGUUGGCAAACAAAUGGCAGACAAUCCUUUGAACACUAUCGUCGUUCCCUUCAAUAGGCCGAUGACUCAAUCGUUGAUUCAGCUUGUUGGGAUCACGCGACAGGGUGUGUACAUUGAGACGAGCUCUGGAUUUGGUCAGAAUCCGGAUACAAUCAUCUAUACUCGUGAUAAUUCAUCAUCACCUGAGGAAGAGCUCCCGCGUGAAAAUUUUAAUGCUGCUUUUAUACUAUCAAAGGUUGCAAAUCCAUUGUCAACAGGGGAGCUAACACUGAACAACACUAAUGCUGAUGAUAAUCCAAACAUCUCCUUUAACUACUUCAGCAAUCCUCAAGAUUUGCAGCAAUGUGUCAGUGGAAUUCGGAUCUUAGAGAAGCUUGUCAGAACAAAACGUUUAAUCGACUUCAUGCAGCCUGGCAACGAUACCUUUGAGAAGCUGCUCAACCUGAGUGUCACUGCUAAUUACAACCUUAUCCCCAAAACAGCUGAAGUUACAAAGUCCUUUGAGGAAUACUGCAGACAAACUAAAAUCACAAUCUGGCACUAUCAUGGUGGAUGUCACAAGGACAAGGUUAUAAACUCUGAGUACGAGGUUCUUGGAAUCGAUGCCCUUCGUGUCAUCGAUGGCUCAACGUUUGUCCAGUCCCCGGGCACUAAUCCUCAAGCCACUGUAAUGAUGAUGGGAAGGUACAUGGGGGUGAAGAUUCUGAGAAGCAGAUUAGGCAAGGCAGCUGGCAUAUAGCGGUGACCAACGACUUGUAACCGAAAGCUCAGGAUGUUCUAAUGCUGAUACAUUUUUUUUGAUUUUUUCAUCAGUUAUGAUUAUGAAUAAGGGAAUUUCAGCAAUUGCUUGCCCCUGUAUUAACAUGAAUAAUGUAAAAUAAAAGUUUUCCUUUUCUUAUAAGUAAACAUUGCAAAUUGCCAAGGAGCUUCAACAUUAAUGAUCACAUUACAGAUACCUAAAACUUAAUAUAUGUGUAUGAGAACAAACAUCAUGUACAAUCCUGCUACUAUCAAAUCUACCUCACUACCAGAGCUCUCCUUUUCCUUAUUUAUGUCUUCAUCGAAAACCUUCAAAAACUGAUAUCGUGCAAGUUUUUCAAUGAUGAUAG